CUGUCAUUACAGAGUUAUUAUUACUAUAAUAAUCUUUUCUUUGAAUAGGGAAAUGAAAUACAUUUGAGUUUGCACUCUUAUUUUGAAGAGCGGAAGUGUCGUCUUUGAGCUCGCAGAGGGAGUACAGCAGCCGGUGUGUUUUGGUGCUGUAGCCGUCAUGGCUGCCCACGGUAACAACUUUAUCCGACUGCGCCUGUACUUUGACUACCCGCCGCCGGCUGUCGUCGGUUGCCGCAUGUGCUGGCUGCUCGUAGACCUAAACGUGUGUCGCGUGGUGGCCGACCUGGAGAGCGUCAUCAGGGAGAAGUUUGAAUUCAGCGGCGGGAGCAUCCUCAGCCUGUUCAUAGAAGACUGCUACCUGCCGCACACGGAGAGCAUCUACGUGGUGCGGGACAACGACAGCGUCAGGGUGAAGGUGGGCUGGAUGAAUGAGUUGAAUGGAUACAGCAGUCAUCCAGAUGCAGCAAGUGAAAGCGGCAGAAAGAGACGGCGAGCCACAGAAGACACUGUGCCAGAAGAAAAUGGAGUGAGUGUCGAAUGGAAGAAGAAAAAGAGGAAGAAAAAUAACGAGGACAGAAUGACAGACGGUGCCAACCUAGUGGCAAGUGAUGACCAGAAUGAGAAUGUACAGGGAAACCCCACAGAGAAGAAAGAGAAGAAGAAAAAGAAGCCAAAGGAAAAAGGUGCUCCUGCUUCUCCCAAACCAGCUGAUCUCCCGAAGAUUCCAGCUGCUGUCAGCCGGCUGAGUAAAAGCACCAAGAAGCUCCAAGCAUCAAAACCACAAAAAGCCUCCUCUUCAGAUUCCAGUAGUAGCAGCAGUGAUGAAGAUGUCGUACCCAAAAAAACAACAAAAACACCCACCUCCACUCCUGCUCCCUCCAAGGUCCCAUCAAACACAAAACCUGCCCCCAAAAAACCUCCACUGUCAUCGUCAUCCUCUUCAGAAACAGAGUCUUCUCCUGAUGAGGCUGCCAGUGUGAAAAUCCAGCCCAGAAACAAACCUUUAAAAACCACGGCUGCCAGCUCAGAAUCGAGUCGGGCUCCUUCAGCCCCGCAGCCUACAAACGAUAAUCCAGAACAGACCGCCAGCAUAGCCGAGCCACCUCAUACAGCAGCAAAGGGUUCCAACUCGGACAGUGAAGACGAGAUCCAGCUGGUGAUACGAAGGCCGCUGCAGCAGCCCAGAGGUGGCAUAGGUAUUCAGUCUCCUUGGCAAGGUCGCGGCAGAGGGAAAGCCAGAUGUGGCGGUGGUCAGGGAGCAAGUGUUACGGGUGGGGGUAGAGGAGGAGCAAGCAGAGGGAACAGUAGCAGCUUUGGGUCCAGCUAUAAUGGAGCCACAGAGCCGUCUUACCAGAAUGAUUCACUGACCAACACGUCAGUGAUCCUGCAGAAGGAAGCUGUGAGUGUACCCAAGCAGGACUACAACUCCAUGCCCCUGUUAGCUGCUCCUCCACAGGUGGGGCAGAGGAUUGCCUUUAAGCUGCUGGAGCUAACUGAAAACUACACACCAGAGGUAUCUGAAUACAAGGAGGGAAAGAUUGUGAGCUUUGACCCAAUCAACAGACAGAUUGAACUUGAACUCCUUAAUGUCUCUCAAGCUUCCGUAGAGCCUGGAAAAUUUGAUCUAGUCUAUCAAAAUCCAGAUGGCUCCGAGAGGGUGGAGUAUGCUGUGUCCAGAGGGUCUUGGGUGACAGAACGCUGGGAGUCUCUGCUGGAGCCAAGACUCAUCAUUUAAGUUUGAGAGAAAUAGUGAAUUCAUACGCCCACAUAGUUAUUUUUUUAAUGACCUGGACUUAUCUUUUAAAAGCUAAAACAUCCAAUGGUUUUGAUUCUGGUCCAUUUAAACUUUAUCUGUGCUUCUCUGUUAGCACAUUUUUAACAGCUCUGUUUAAACUGGGUUUAGAGAUGAAAUGGUUUUUAUGCUUAAAUCAGCUGAAGGGAUGAGUAAUGAUUUUGAGCACUGGGCCACACUGUAAUGGUUUUAUUUUUUGUACAGAGAUGUGACUGUGAUAAGUCUUGUAUAAACUGUUUUUCCAAUAAAAAAACUGCAUCCUCAGCCACACAUGAGGGCAAAAUUUUAGUGUGUUAUCCACAAAAUAAUAUUUUGCAUAUUCAUUAUCUGACUGUUUUAUUUUGUAACAAAAAGACCUUGCUGAGAAUUGAUUUUGAAAAAGUGUUUAACCUAAAAUGUAAUUAUGCUGAUAAUUAACAAAACACACUUUUCAACUUUAACUGUUGUGAUUUUCUUUUUUCCCUCAAAUCCAGCACUUAAACGAUUAUUGUGUUUUCACUGACUGUUGUCGUUUUGUUCUCAACAAAUUACCUAAUGUACGUCAGUGAAGGUUUUCAAGGUGAACAUUUCAUUCAUCUAGAUCCAACCGGUGAUUUAUGUGUUCCUUUAAUUUUUUUGAGCAGUAUUUGUCCGCUUGAAAUAUUACCGUUUCCAAAUAAUACAUUAAUUCUUAAGUUUUCUUAUUCAGUUUUCUGGAAGUCAGUCAUAUACUAAAAAUUCUUUUUACGACGUGGUUAGUUCAGAGUUCAGUUAUAGUAGCUAACAUUUAUGUUAAUUUGUACUAUUUAUACUAAUUUUAUGUUUAAAUUAAGUCGACUUUUUUGUUUCCCAAUGUUAAUUAAAUAUUCUUAUUGCUUAGUUUUCAUGUGGUAGGCUAAAUAGUCUUACAUGGUAUGAUUGAGUAUUUCAAUCUUGUGUGUCAUAUAGUUCUUUUAUUAUUGGCCAAACUGGGCUUCCAUACAGUUUUAUACAUUGUCGUCAAAAGCGGGAGGAAAGUGACAGCACACCUGGAUUAUGAAUUAGCAACUGGCCUGUGACGUAAUGCCUCGUGACGAACUCGUAAGUCGUCGCGUAUUUCCGACACUCCUCGCGCCUCUUGAGCGUGCCGUGCUGCUUGUAUAACAGUAGCGGUACCAGUCGGUCCGGCGGAGCUGAAGGCUGGGAUGGUGAUGGCGACCGUCGGAGUCGGUGUCUUACAGUCCGUUUGAUUGAGG